CCUCAAUACGGUAAACACACAGCAGAACAAGAAGACCAUGACCCGGUGCUGAGGAUAAUAUUUUACACACGCCUGUCAAUUAAAACACUUUUUAAUUAAUCAUGCCGAUGAAAGGAAGGUUCCCGAUACGGCGGACAUUAGAAUAUCUGCAGAAAGGAGAAGUAGUCUUCAAAAACACAGUGAAGAUUAUGACCGUGAAUUACAACACGCGUGGAGACCUGAGUGAAGGCGCAAGGAAAUUUGUAUUCUUCUCUGUGCCACAAAUCCAGUACAGAAAUCCCUGGGUUCAAAUAAUGAUGUUCAAAAAUAUGACUCCGUCACCUUUUCUCCGAUUCUACCUUGAUGAUGGAGAGCAGGUAUUGGUAGACGUAGAAGGAAAGGACUAUAAAGAAAUAACCCAGCAUGUCAAGACGAUCCUGGGCAAGUCAGAUAAAGUUUUGCAAGCUGAAGCCUUAGCCAAGAUGGAGUCCUCAAACCCUGCGAACUUCGGGCCCAAAAAAUACUUCCUGCGAGAGUGUAUAAGUGAAGUGGAAGGUCAGGUUCCUCACCCAGGCCUCGUGCCCUUGCCAAAAGAGAUGACCGGCAAAUACAGAUCUAAAAUGGCCGCCGGAUCUGAGGACUAAACCUCGUCAGGAGUGGGGAAAAAAAAAACGGAGGACAGGAGAGUACCAUUUCAUUCCUCAGUAGAUUCUUCUGCCUGAAUGGACUGCAGUCAGUAUGUGUGGAAAUGCUUUUGGGCUUUCUCAUACUGUGGAAGUAUUAAGCAGCCACGGUGGUUUUUUGUAAAAUAAAAAAAUGGACUGUUUGAUUAUCACUUGGCUUUCAUCAAGACAUAAUACAUGAAUGACACCACAGUAAAGAUUCACUUGACCGCAGUAUAUUUAUUUGAUCCGUUUUAUUAGUGCAGUGUUUGCAUUCUGAAUGUGAACAGGCUUCCACUGACAUUAGCCACAAGCACAUCAUUUAUGGCUACUUGUUAUCACCAAAACAAAACCUAACAAAGAACAUCGUUCUUCAUUUGGCCCUGCGCGGACGUGCUCACUUGAAAUACUGCCUAUUCAUGAUAAAUAAAUCUUGUUACUACUGUUAAAGGAAAAAAAAAUCUGUAUUGUGAUUCUCUCCUAAAGUGUAUAGGAUAGACCUGUCAGUGCAGAACUGAUUUAGUGUUAGCCAACAUAUCCACUGUGUAACUAAAGUAUAGAUCACAUAUUUAAGCAGACAUCCAACAUCGGCAUUAAAGAAGAGACUGUAGAAGGGUCAGCACACCGUGACGGAAAGCUAUUUAAACAGAUUCGACGGACAGUUGGUUGCAUUACCCAAGAACGUGGAGUGUGGAGUUGAGCAGAAAUCACUGAAAAGGUCACCACCUCAGUCUAACAAGCUUUCACAUUCGAAAAAAUGAAAAGAAGACCUGUUCAUUUCACCAAACGACUUGAGAUUAUUCAUACACAAGUCUUAAACCAGUGGAGCACAUUCAUUCCCAAGUCUGUUGUACAGGCAGUUACACCAGGCCAUGAAGGGCUUCUUUGAAUUAAAAUGUCAUUCAUCAAGCAAACAAGCAGGUGCACAGAUCUUGAAAUAAAAUGUUUGUAGCAUUAUCUUACAAAUCUUUACACUACUAUUGAUCAAAUUCUCAUGUUGGUACUUAGGAAAAUUGAUAUAUAUUCCUAGUUUGUCAUUGGUUUAUCAUGGCAUGCUCACCUUUUCAACAAUAUCACAGAUGUCUUGCACGAAAUCACCACCAGUGUCUUGUUAUU